UUUUUAAACUUUAUGGCUCAGGUUUGAACGUGGAGUGCCCAUGUGUUUUUAGCUUCGACCAAUGGUGAAAAUACAUGAAUUUGUAACCUUCAGGACCAAUAACAUCUGGCCUUGAGUAUGGAGCCCUCAUCGGCAGAAGUAACAUGCAAUGGGAGGAAACGAAAGAGGAUCGCCCCUGCAGCACAGGAGGAGGUCAAGAGAUUAAAAACAGCAGGGCAGGGAGGUGAGGAGACGCCGGAGUCUGGACGCUCACCUCGCUCACCGAGGAUCUCUGUGCUUCCCGACCGCCUUCAACAACCGAUAACAGAGAAUGAUCUGACACAGCUGCUGCAUUACGCCGCUCUGGGGAAAACAGCUGUCGUUAAACAGCCCAGUUGGUGUCGCCUCCACCAUCAGAAGAGGGUUAAAGCUGUGAAUGUGGUGAUUAUUGAAGGCCUGACCCAGAGUCACUUUUACAAACACUACCUCACCCUGCAGCACCUCAGGAACAACUACACCACUAGGGUCACGUUUACUCCAUCCUCCACCGACCUCGCCUCAGGAAUCUUCAGCAGUGAAGUUCCUAAAUCAGACGAUCCCUCUGUUUCCCAAAGACACAAUGGAAGCAGUGAAAUACCCAAAGCCCUGAGGAUUCACCCAGUCAUCACCAAGUUUGGGACGAAGAGGAGAGGACUGACAGCGUAUGUUCUCCCCGAGGACGAGAUGAUCCAAAAACGCUUCCCCGUCAAAGGCUUGCCAGACUUCCAGGAUUAUCUGUGCACAGACAGUGUUGACCGCGUGACGGACAGCAGCCCUCUGUACGGCCUCGACUGUGAAAUGUGUCUGACGGAAAAGGGGUAUGAGUUGACUCGCGUCGCUCUGGUGGACAGCGAUGGGAAAUGUGUGCUGGAUGAACUGGUGAAGCCUCAGAACAGAAUCCUCGACUACCUCACCAGGUUCUCUGGUAUAACUGCAGCGAUGUUGCGACCAAUCACAGCGACCCUACGGAAUGUUCAGGCCAGGCUCAGGACGCUGUUGCCUAGCGACGCAGUUUUGGUGGGACAUUCGAUAAACAACGACCUCAACGCUCUGAAACUCAUCCACCCGCAUGUCAUCGACACAUCGCUGCUGUACAGGAGAGAGUUCGGACAGAGGUUCAAACUGAAGGUCCUGGCAGAGUCAGUGCUGAAUCGGCAGAUACAAACGGAAGAGAAGAAGGGUCAUAAUCCCAUCGAGGAUGCUCUGGCAGCCCUUGAGCUGGCUCAGUACUUUAUAAAGAAAGGACCUUGUCAGGUAGUAGAACUUCAUAUGGAGGAGCUGUGGGGAUAUAAGAUAGUAGAGGAGCCCGAAGACUUGGCCCCUGAACCUGCACCCACAGAGCAUAUACAGAGUCACAGGUUCGCUGACGUACUACAGACGCAUGGCCGGUCUGUUGCCUUUUUAGGAAAGCGCUCUGACAUCGCUCUGGAUCUGUCCAAACAGCAGUGGCACAACUCUGACAAAGAGGUGUUAGCGUCUUUCCAGAGACAGACCAAGUCUCCGUUCCUCUCCAUGCUCCAGCUUCCUUCUCUCUCCAACCAUCUGAAGAAAUGCUCCCCCCAUCAGGAGCACCACAGAGUGUGUGCUAACCUUCGUGACCUGUGUGUAGUGUUCGCCGGGCCGUUCCCUGCAGGUUUCUCCGAGUGGGGAGUGAGGCGGCUGUUUCGCUGCUGCGGACCCGUGCGAAAUAUCAAGAUGUUGAACACGACUGUCCGGGUUCAUGCAGAGGUGGAGUUUGAGCUGCUGGAGGGAGCUGUGCUGGCUGUAAAGACUUUGAAUGGACUCAACAUGCAGGGACAGUCCGUCAAGGUGCAGCGUCCUGUCUACGAGUCGCUGCUGGACGCUGACCUGACUCUGGAUGCUCUGAUGUGUGACAGCAGCAGUCUCCUGUACGCUGUCAGAAUAAACCCCAGUAUGGCUGACAGCAUACACACUUCUGCAAGAGUCAAUGGACAUGUGUUUAAUGCCAAAAGUUCAGACGUUACUACUGUUGAACAAGUAAACGGUCAACAUUCACAGCCAAAGACAAAAUCUAAACUGUCUGAGGAGACGGUCAGAGAGACAUUUAGUCACUUUGGUGCGGUGGAGCGAGUCGACCUGCCUCACCAGUCUGGAAAACAUGCAAGACAUGCGAUCAUAAGGUUUGAGAGCUCAGAGGGAAGACAUGCAGCUCUCAGCUCCUCUGAGGACCUCAGGAAGGAAAACUACCUCGUCUGUCCUUCACUCACUCCUCCUCAUCUCCCCUCCUGGGCUGCAAUAACAACAGCGAUCACCUCAGUGGAUCCGGACAGUAAAGACCAGGAGAGGACGCACAUGCACGUAAGCUCUCAGGAUGGGGAAAUGGAUCUCAUGAUGGGGAAGUUGGACCGCCGGCUGCAGAAGCUCUUCAGAUAUCUCCCAGAAGGCACCUUGUCUGUGGUCGUGCUACCCGGACACGCCAGUGCUGAAGGACUCCUUCCUGGUCUGUGCCUUAUGGAGGUCAAGCAAGGCUCUUAACAGAGACCUCCUUUGUGGGAAUUACAAUAAACCGGGACUAUAAUAAUAUAUUCCAGUGCAAUUAGGCCUUAUUUUGUGAAGUGAAAGCAAUGAACACGAGUCAAAUACUUAAAUAAAACUUUGCUGUAAGACACCUUUAACCUUUUUUUAACUGAAGGAGCUACACGUCUGACAAAAUGUAUAAAGGAACGUUUAAUAGGAGACAUUCACAUUUGUAUAUUGUGCCUCUGUACCAGAUCUAUUUCUUUUUGAUCUGAAAUCCUCUUCUCUAUUGACUUUUGGUAAGCUGGUUUACCAUCAAGUGAUUGACUUGUUUUUCAGACAGCUGACCCUGAUUUAUCAUUAACCAUGACUGUCAUUAAAGUCUCAGCAUGCACAAUACCAGGAUGCUGAAGCAACUCAACUAUCAUUUGAUAUACCUAAUAAAGAGUAUUUGAGCACUG